AUGGACAAGUGCCGGGACUGGGAUCAUCGUGCCAACAGCCUCCUGAAAGAAGGACAGAUUGCAACCAUAGGGCUGCUACUUGGCCACGGUGCGGAGAUUGGCUGUACCGGUUCCAACGGCUUCUCGCCCCUCACGCGGGCUGUAGCCUAUGCGGACCAUGCGUCGCUCACCUUAGUGAACCUCCUGCUGGACCAAUGCGGCACUGACCCCUUGCAAGGGGCAAAAGCUGGGUGGAGUGCCUUACAAGUGGCACUCUUUCGAGGUCUGCCGGGUUGUGUUCAGAAAUUGCUGGCAAACGUCUCUAUGCAGAAUUCGCAACACUGGAAGCUCAUGCACCGGCUCACCACGUACAGGAGACCUUGGUUUGAGACCCCACGGCGAAUUCUGGAGACACAGCAAGCAAAUCGCUAUUGGCGUAGUCUUUGCCAAGGUACCUGCGAUGGUCUGGAGGACAGCCGAGUGAAUGCGUAUAGCGAUUAUUAUGAGGAUGGUUUUAUCGAUAGACGCGCUGAGGUCUAUGAGUACGGUUCAAGAUCAAGUAUCUGA